UUCUAAAUCGCCUAUAGUUUAUUUCUUGUGUCACGCUAAUAUUUGCAAUCAAUCUGUCAAAAGCAAGUCAGUGAUAAGGAGAGGAAUUUACAAAGAAAACAAGAAGAUGGCUGGAGUAUCACAAGAUUGGGAGCCGGUUGUGAUUCGCAAGAAAGCGCCGACCGCCGCCGCACGUAAAGAUGAAAAAACAGUCAACGCUGCCCGUCGGGCCGGUGCGGAAAUCGAAACCGUCAGAAAAGCUACUGCAGGUUCAAACAAGGCUGCCUCUAGCAGUACAAGUUUGAACACGAGAAAGCUUGAUGAAGAUACUGAGAAUCUAUCACAUCAAAAAGUACCUACUGAAUUGAAGAAAGCUAUUAUGCAAGCUCGACAGGAUAAGAAGCUGACUCAGUCUCAACUUGCCCAAUUGAUAAAUGAGAAACCACAGAUCAUUCAAGAAUAUGAGUCUGGAAAGGCAAUUCCUAACCAACAGAUAAUUUCUAAACUGGAGAGAGCUCUUGGUGUGAAGCUUCGUGGAAAGAAAUAAACUUCUAGGGUGGGGUUUGGGUUUUGGGGGGGGGGGGGGUGGGGGGACCUUUUGGACCUCACUUUUGCGUCCUAAAAGUGGUCAUGUACAUGAGCCUUUUUCUUUUGACCGUUUUCUAUAACAACUUUGGUUCUUGUCAUGUCUAGAUUCAUGGAUGUUGUUUUCCUGGUUAAACUAAGUGUUCUCUGUGGAAAAUGGAUAUGCUUGCUCUUGCUA